CAUCUCCUCCGGAUUCCAACUCUCCUCCGUCCCCUCCAGCACUUACAAACGGCCCACUCUCCCACUGUCGGCCCAAAGCACGGACUCCCCUGUCUUCACCACCACCAUCGCUUGGUGGCCACGCAUUGCAAUCUAGGCCACCAUCACCAUGGCCACCGCGCCCCCGAAGAGCAUUAAAUGCGUCGUUGUAGGAGACGGUGCGGUCGGCAAGACCUGCCUGCUCAUCAGCUACACGACUAACGCCUUCCCCGGCGAAUAUGUCCCAACGGUGUUCGAUAAUUACUCCUCGCAGGUUAUUGUCGACAACCAGACCGUCCAACUCGGCCUGUGGGACACGGCCGGUCAGGAAGACUACGACCGUCUCCGUCCACUCUCAUACCCCCAGACCGACGUCUUUCUGCUAUGCUUCUCGGUCGUCUCACCCGCAUCCUUUGAGAACAUCCGCACCAAGUGGUUCCCCGAGAUCCAACAUCACUCGCCUGGAACGCCCAUCAUUCUCGUUGGCACCAAGCUCGACCUGAGAGAUGACCCCGCGGCGCUGGAGCGCCUGCGCGAGCGGCGGUCGCAGCCCAUCCAGUAUACACAGGGCGCGGCCAUGGCCAAUGACAUCCGCGCAGCCCGCUACCUCGAGUGCUCUGCGCUCACGCAGGUCGGGCUCAAGACGGUCUUUGACCAGGCGAUCCGGACGGUCCUCAAUCCCAACCGUCGCAGUAAUGGCCGCAGGAAGGGCAACAAUUGCGUCCUCAUGUAACGAACGACAAGCCGUGACCCUACAUCUCUCUACACCAGCCACUACCACCCCCUCCUGAUCUAAUACUCUAUAUCUCUUUUGCUCAUUUACGCGCGCUGAGCAAUGAUCCCAUGCGCCAGGGCGCUCGUCCUGUCGCUGGCCCCCCCAAUUUCGCGGGGACCACGAUAUCUCAUGUUUCCGUUUGUACCACCAGACGUCCUGCAUCACCCCG